GCGAGAUAAAAUCAAUCACUUACAACAUCUGUGAAAAUUACAACAAAAUAAGUGCCAAAAACUCACACACUUACGCCGGUAUCCAGCAUAAAUUGAACCACAUACUGAAGAAUUCUCUAUUUUUGUUUGAACCGCGACACCGAAAAGGUGAUUGAGUGUGAUUUGUGGAAAAAAAGUGUUGAGUGGAAUUUUUCUCUGAGAAAUUAAACGAGAAGAAAAUCCUUCAAUUAAAAAAAAUUCUUACCAAGAAAAUUAAUUUUGCAAAUCACGUGAAAAAAAUUAAGUAAAUUUCGUGGUAUAAGAAAAAAAAAUGGGAAGAACUCCGGCAAUUGGUAUUGAUUUGGGCACAACGUACAGUUGCGUGGGUGUCUUUCAGCAUGGAAAAGUCGAGAUAAUUGCUAAUGAUCAGGGAAAUCGAACAACGCCUAGUUAUGUAGCCUUCACGGAUUCUGAACGUUUGAUUGGGGAUGCUGCCAAAAAUCAGGUGGCAAUGAAUCCCAAGAACACCAUUUUCGAUGCCAAACGUCUCAUUGGCCGUAAGUUCGAUGACCCAAAGAUUCAGGACGACAUGAAGCAUUGGCCUUUCCAAGUUAUCAAUGACUGUGGCAAACCCAAGAUCUCCGUUGAGUUCAAGGGUGAGGUGAAGAAAUUUGCCCCUGAGGAAAUUAGCUCAAUGGUCCUGACCAAGAUGAAGGAAGUGGCUGAAAUUUAUCUGGGAGGAAAAGUCAGUGAUGCUGUAAUCACUGUUCCUGCCUACUUCAACGAUUCCCAGCGACAAGCUACAAAGGAUGCUGGUGUUAUUGCUGGUCUCAAUGUUCAGAGAAUUAUCAAUGAACCCACAGCAGCAGCCUUGGCCUAUGGACUCGACAAGAACCUAAAAGGAGAGAAGAAUGUUCUGAUUUUCGACUUGGGCGGCGGAACUUUCGACGUCUCCAUCCUAUCCAUUGACGAAGGAUCUCUUUUCGAAGUAAAAUCCACCGCUGGUGACACUCAUCUCGGUGGUGAGGAUUUCGACAAUCGCCUCGUGAAUCACUUCUCAGAAGAGUUCAAACGCAAAUUCAAGAAGGACCUCAAAGGCAAUGCCAGAGCCCUUCGUCGUCUGAGAACUGCAUGCGAGCGUGCUAAGAGAACCCUCUCAUCUAGCACGGAAGCUUCAUUGGAAAUUGAUGCCUUGCACGAAGGUGUUGAUUUCUACGCAAAGAUUACAAGGGCUCGUUUUGAGGAGCUCAAUAUGGAUCUCUUCCGAUCCACCUUGACGCCAGUUGAGAAGGCUCUGUCUGAUGCCAAGAUGGAUAAGGGCCAGAUACACGAUGUUGUCCUCGUGGGUGGUUCCAUUCGUAUUCCCAAAAUCCAAAAAAUGCUCCAGGAUUUCUUCUGCGGAAAAUCCCUCAAUCUCAGCAUUAAUCCUGAUGAAGCCGUAGCCUAUGGAGCUGCUGUGCAGGCUGCUAUUCUAUCAGGUGAUGGCAGUUCACAGAUUAAGGAUGUCCUUCUUGUUGAUGUUACCCCACUGUCGUUGGGUAUUGAAACUGCCGGAGGUGUAAUGACGAAGCUGGUUGAGAGGAAUUCCCGAAUUCCGUGUAAACAACAACAAACCUUCACAACCUACAGCGACAACCAGAAUGCCGUAACAAUUCAAGUGUUUGAGGGUGAGAGAGCCAUGACAAAGGACAACAACCUCCUGGGAACAUUCAACCUCACGGGGAUUCCACCAGCUCCACGAGGUGUGCCCAAGAUUGAGGUGACUUUCGAUCUCAAUGCUGAUGGUAUUCUCAAUGUUUCGGCAAAGGAUAACAGCACCGGUCGAUCUGAGAAUAUCCGCAUUACAAAUGACAAAGGACGAUUGUCCAAGGCUGAGAUUGAUCGAAUGUUGUCCGAAGCUGAAAAGUAUCGCGAUGAGGAUGAGAAGCAACGUCAGAGGAUUGCAGCAAGGAAUGCUCUUGAAAGCUACGUCUUCAGUUGCAAGCAGGCUGUCGAGGACGCACCACAGGGCAAACUUACUGAUUCCGAUAAGCAAACCGUAAAGGAUAAAUGCUCAUCUGAAAUGUCCUGGAUGGAUUCCAACACAUUGGCCGAGAAGGAAGAAUUUGAGGAUCACCUCAAGGACACACAGCGUGUUUGCGGACCAAUUAUGGCUAAAAUGCACGGUGGAGGACCCCAAGGUGGUCAAGGAGGUCAAAACACUUCAGGACGUGGACCAACUGUUGAGGAAGUGGACUAAAAGUUCAAUAAUAACUUUUUUAUCACUUUUGAGCUUUUAUCAUACAUAACACUCAACACAAAACCUUCCCACGUGUCUUUUGUGUUUUUUUUGCUUUUUAAAUUUAUCCUUAAAAGCUCAAAAUAUUUAAAUUUUAAAUUAAUUUUCACACGAAAUCCUUUAAAUAAAAAUUUAGGAUUAAUUUUCAGAAAUUUAAAUAAAUUCUCAUUUCAAUGCUUGGUGAUGGGAAGAAGUACUUUUCUUAAUUAUUUUUGAUAAAUAUUUAUAAAAUAAAACUCAAAUGCAAAUUUUGAAGGUAAAAUAAAAAAUCA